GUUGGUUCUUUCAUACUCAAAUACAUCUCACUCCAUUUCCUCUCUCUCCCUGUCUUGUGAAAUCAAAUGGCCAUCCUAAAAGCAUUUGUUGCUUCACUUCUUGUCUCUCUUGUUCUCUUCCAAGCCUUCCAACUAGAUGCUGCUAGUGUUGACACAUAUCCACCCACCAAAAUCGAUUGUGGAAAGGCAUGUGCGACAAGGUGCAUGCUAUCGAAAAGGCCACACCUAUGCAAUAGGGCAUGCGGAACAUGUUGUGGAAGGUGCAACUGUGUGCCUCCAGGCACCUCAGGCAACUAUGAAGCCUGUGCUUGUUACGCUGAAAUGACCACCCGAGAAAACAAAAAGAAGUGUCCGUAAAGUUGUCCAUUUUAAUUAAAGAUUAUUUAUUUCUAAUUUAUGCCCCCCCCCCUUUUUCCUUAAUUAUGUUAUCAUUCUCAUCACCAUAUAUUAAUAAAAAUUGGUUGUGUUUAGAAUCA